AUGGCAGCGCAGAAGCGGCUUUCUGUCAAGGAGGCUUUUCAGCUGGCGCAGCAGCCGCACCAGAACCAGGCAAAGCUGGUGGUGGCGCUGAGCCGCACGUACGGCGCGAUGGACGAUAAAAUGGCUUUUCAGGAGGAGUUUAUUCAUUACCUUAAAUAUGCUAUGGUGGUUUAUAAACGUGAACCUGCGGUGGAGAGAGUCAUGGACUUCACAGCCAAGUUUGUUACUUCAUUUCACCAGUCUGAUCAGGAAGAGGAAGAGGAAGAGAAAGAUGGUGGCAUUUUAAAUUAUUUGUUUACUUUUCUCUUAAAGUCUCAUGAAGCAAACAGCAGUGCAGUCAGAUUUAGAGUAUGCCAGCUCAUUAAUAAACUUCUUGGGAGUAUGCCAGAAAAUGCCCAAAUUGAUGAUGACUUAUUUGAUAAAAUUAAUGAAGCCAUGCUUAUUAGAUUGAAAGAUAAGAUUUCAAAUGUAAGAAUACAAGCGGUUUUGGCUCUUUCUCGACUGCAAGAUCCCAAGGAUGAUGACUGCCCAGUAGUUGAUGCAUAUGUUACUUUGAUUGAAAAUGAUUCAAAUCCAGAAGUUAGACGUGCAGUUUUAUCUUGUAUUGCACCAUCAGCAAAGACUUUGCCAAAAAUUGUCGGACGUACAAAGGAUAUAAAGGACACUGUCAGAAAGCUGGCUUAUCAGGUGUUAGCUGAAAAAGUUCAUUUGAGAGCUAUGUCCAUUGCUCAGAGAGUACUGCUUCUUCAACAAGGUCUUAAUGACAGAUCAGAUGCUGUGAAACAAGCAGUGCAGAAGCAUCUUCUCCAAGGCUGGUUGCGUUUCACUGAAGGAAAUAUCCUAGAGUUGCUUCAUCGGUUAGAUGUGGAAAAUUCUUCUGAUGUAGCAGUCUCCGUUCUCCAUUCCUUAUUCUCAGUGACUCCUCUCAGUGAGCUGGUCGGAGUUUGUAAAGAUGAUGAUGGCAGGAAGUUGAUUCCAGUGGAAACAUUAACUCCUGAAAUUGCUUUGUACUGGUGCACCCUUUGUGAAUAUUUGAAAUCAAAGGGAGAUGAAGGUGAAGAGUUUUUAGAGCAGAUUUUGCCAGAGCCUGUAGUAUAUGCAGAGUACUUACUGAGUUACAUCCAGGGCUUCCCAGUAGUUAAUGAAGAACAGAAAAGUGAUUUUGCCUACAUUGGAAAUUUGAUGACAAGAGAAUUCAUAGGUCAACAGUUGAUUCUAAUUAUAAAAUCUUUGGAUACUAGUGAAGAAGGAGGAAGGAAACGACUGCUGGCUAUUUUGCAGGAGAUUCUUAUUCUGCCUACAACCCCAAUAUCCUUAGUUUCUUUUAUUGUUGAGAGACUCCUCCACAUCAUCACAGAUGAUAAUAAAAGGAUACAGAUUGUCACAGAAAUUAUCUCAGAGAUUCGUGCACCCAUUGUUACUGUUCAUGUUGAUCCAUCUGCUACAAGAAAGAACGAACUCAAGAUGGCUGAAAUCAAAGUCAAGCUUAUUGAGGCUAAAGAAGCUUUGGAAAAUUGCAUUGCUGUACAAGAUUUUGAUCAGGCAUCAAAAUUAAAAGAAGAAAUAAAAACAUUGGAAGAUGCCAGAAUAAACCUGUUAAAAGAGACAGAGCAACUUGAAAUUAAAGAAGUCCACACAGAAAAGAACGAUGCAGAAACGUUACAGAAGUGUCUUAUUUUGUGUUAUGAAUUGUUGAAACAGAUGUCCAUUUCAACUGGAAUCGGUGCAACCAUGAAUGGGAUCAUUGAAUCUUUGAUUCUUCCUGGAAUAAUAAGUGUUCAUCCUAUAGUAAGAAACUUGGCUGUUUUAUGUUUGGGAUGCUGUGGACUACAGAGUCAGGAUUUUGCCAGUAAACACUUUAUGUUAUUCUUACAGGUUUUGCAAAUUGAUGAUGUCACAAUAAAAAUAAGUGCUUUAAAGGCUAUCUUUGACCAACUGAUGAUGUUUGGGAUUGAGCCAUUUAAAACUCAGAAAGUUAAGGCCAUUCAUUGUGAAGGUGCAGAAAUCAACAGUCAUGAGGAACAAGAAGAAAAUGAUGCCGAAGAGACUGACACAGCUAAGAGUGUUCUGAAGCUCCUCUCUGACUUCUUAGACAGCGAGGUAUCUGAACUCAGGACAGGAGCUGCAGAAGGACUAGCCAAGCUGAUGUUCUCUGGGCUUUUGGUCAGCAGCAGGAUUCUUUCUCGUCUUAUUUUGUUAUGGUAUAAUCCUGUGACUGAAGAGGAUGUUCAACUUCGACAUUGCCUAGGAGUGUUUUUCCCCAUGUUCGCUUAUGCAAGCAGGACUAAUCAAGAGUGCUUUGAAGAAGCCUUUAUUCCAACUGUGCAAACACUGGCCAACGCCCCAGGGUCAUCUCCUUUAGCUGAAGUAGAUGUCACAAAUGUUGUUGAAUUGCUUGUUGAUCUGACAAGACCAAGUGGAUUAAAUCCUCAGGCAAAGAAUUCUCAAGAUUAUCAGGCCUUAACAGUACAUGACAACUUGGCUAUAAAAAUUUGCAAUGAGAUUUUAACAAGUCCAUGCUUACCAGAAAAUCGGGUUUAUACAAAAGCUUUGAGUUCAGUAGAACUCAGUAGCAAUGUUACAAAAGAUCUCUUGCUUCUGCUGGAUGAGAUUCUGGAGCAAGUAACAGAUAGGACAUGUCUGAGAGCCUUGGAGAAGAUUAAGAAUCAGUUAGGAAAUGGAAGUAAAGACAUUGACCAAGGUGUGGUAACACAGGAUGUCAACACAACUACAAAUGUUCUUCAGAAUGAAAAUGAAUAUAUGACUCCUGUGAGGAAUGUAAAACGAACUCAAGCAGCAAAAUCUACUCAAGGAAAAACUAACAGAGGACGUAGAAAAGCGCCAGUUUCAUCUAAGACCAACAGGAGACGCCAGACUGCGGGGACUGACUCCGAAAGUGAUCAUGAACCACCAUCAGAAAUGAAGAUGAGAUUACCCAGACGAGCCAAAACAGCUGCGCUACAGAAAAGUAAACUUAACCUUUCAGAGUUUCUUAAUGAAGAGUCAAGUUAAGAGAGCUGAUGAGGAUAGAAUCCUUUGAAGUUGUGCUUAUAUCUUUGCUUUAAUAGUUAUUAUGGUAAAAUCAGAAAUGCUUGCUGUGUUUCUGGAAACAUGAAUGAUGCCACAUGACUUCAGCAUGUGUCAGUGUGAUCCAUCUGCAUGAAUCCAGACUGGUUUUUAUCAGAAUGUUAGGUGGGCCUAGAAACCUGCUUUUAAAUAGGUUUCCUAGGUAAACCCUAUGAAACUAUGACAUUUUGGAAAGAUUUAUAAUUAGCCCACUAGCUUAUAUUUGAGAAGCUUAGACUAGCUGUAACAUAGGUGAAUAUGUCAGACAUCAAACAAAUGGCAUUUGAAGGGUAAAGUACAUACAGUUACACAGAAAGCUGCUUAGGACCACUGAGGGCCAGCAUAAUGAAUCAAAGCACUCCUUAUUUCCAUUAAACAAUGGCUUUGAGAAUUACA